AUGUGUGUCUUUUUUCUUUUUCUGUCUUUCGUUGUUUCGUCAAACGUUUGUGACAACGCCGGGUGCGCGGUAUGCAAAGAAAAUGUCUGCGACACAUGCAAAGCUGGCUAUAACACUUUUAACGAUGCUUGUGAUACCUGCCAAUUUUACAAAUCGUCAGAACCCGUCUCACAAAAUGGUAAUCCUCUUUACAUGCAAGUCGAAGGGGUGUGCGAGGAUGUGUCUCAAGAUACUGAGGGACGUACUUUUACCCGUGCACCAGUCGAUCCACAAAAUUUGGAUGUAACAAAUGUCGCACAAGUGGUGUCUGUCAAUUCGUUUUCACCACUUAUUCCUCCGUGUCAAGAUACUUACAACACUAAUGAUUAUGUCUACGGCAAAUGGAUUUCCGUUACACUUUCUGCGGAGGGGAUGAUAUCAAUGACUGACUUUAAAAUAGUUGACAACAGCCCAGUUAAGUCUACAAAUAGUUCUGUUUUUGUUGAAGUAGCAACACAUCAGGGUGAGUCGACGGAAUGUCUCUCGAGUUUUGAAAUGAAGAAUGCCGCCACAGCACAAUUAAAGCUUCCAUAUACUUCGUUUUAUCUAUUCGUUGGUAUUAAGAAUGGGAAGAGUUUGGAAGUUUCUUUUUCGAUCGUAACGACUGAGGAAAAGAUGAAACCAAAAUUUGAAAUUGACGGGAAUGAGUUCGUCGACUUUAUUGAUGACAACACAAACCAUUCCAGUACCGGAGUUCCAAAGACACGGAUUGUUGGGAACGAAGGCUUUGUUGUGAGAAAAAUGAGUUGUUAUGAAGGCUUUGUAAAGGGAAUUUUGUUUGCUGUGAAGACAUUUCCUUACCGCACGAUUAUAAUCGACACAAAACAAUCACAAACACUUCACUAUGUCGAAGAACUCGACGAAAAUUUUGAAUGCAAAGCACUCCACAUAGGGAAGAAGGCUGGUUUGACAACAACAGAGAAUUCAGAUGAUGGCGUCUUGUUUUGGGUCUACUCCGAAAUUGAGGAAACAAGGCUGUUUUUCAUAACUCUGGAAGGUGAAGAAACUAAGUUAAGAGUUCAAGUGGGGUGCGUCAACAAGUGUGGAGAGCCUGAAAAGCGUGGGCAAUGUGUUUUGUCUGUGUUUGGGUGUUUGUGUAAUAGUGGGUAUGGGUACGAAGAGUGUGGCGAAUUGUGUUACAAUGGAAAAUCUUUUUCGAGUGGCAAUGAGAAUGGGUGUUAUUUGGAUACCACUGGAUGUACAAAACACUGUACAUGUGAGGAUGGGUACACGAUCCAAGGCCAUUACUGUCAAACGCCCCAGUGUGCACAAUAUGGAUACAGUCAAUGUAAAAUUGGGGAAGAUAACUGUUUAAUUAACUGUGAGUGUGAAGAAGGCUAUGUAGCUACACCAACUUACAAAUGCAAAUUGGUUACAUGUGGAAAUAAAGCAGUGGACUAUGGAGAAGAUUGUGAUGGUGGGAAUCAUUGCAAUGAAUUGUGCCAAUGUAUAGAAGGGUAUGAAAGUGAUUUAGUGGGUGGGUGUGAAAAGAGUGGGUGGAAAUGGUACUAUUACUUCUUGUUAAUAGUUGGUAUCUUCAUUGUUGUUAUCGUCCUAAUUAUUGCGAUCAUUUUAAUUGUUGCAGUAAACAAGAAAACGACCUUCGACCCAGAUACUAUAGUUAGAAGGCAACCCCAAUAUUUUAUUAACUUUGAGCAGUGUCAAGUAUAUGAGCCAGAGUUGGAUGCCACCAAUUUCCUCAUUUCGGAAAUGACACUUACGUUUGGUGACAACGAAUUUAUUGAUAUAAAUAAGACUUAUUUCAACCAAAUCACAUUUAAAAAUUUACGAAAGAAGUGGAUGUUGGUAAUUCUACAUCUUCCAAAUUCGGAUAAGUAUGUCUUUCACACAGAACCUGAGGUGUUGUAUAUUCCUCCACAUCGAAAAGGUGUUAUCACUUUGUUUGCCACACUCUUCUGCACCACAAAAAUUAAUUCAAUGAAAAUACCAACUACUGUGUUCACAAGCAAAACGCGGAGUGUGUUGAAUGAUAUUGCCGCAAACUUAAAAGGAAAGACAGAGGAAACAUAUACCCCUGACAUGCGAGAAGAACACCUCCAUCUCAUGAAAAACAUCAAAUCCAAAUUCAGACUGUAUCUCACAUUAAAUGUGGAAGCGGCCGCGUCCACGGAUAUUGAUAUCGACGAAAUUAAAAUGAUGGAAACGCCCAUCGGUGAGGGUACAUACUCCACAGUGUAUUUGGGGAGUUAUAGAACAAUAUUUGUAGCAAUCAAAACGUUCAAACUGAACUUCACAAACGAAGAAGAGAGGGAGUUUAUGGUGAAUGAUGUCAAGGCGGAGUGCGACCUUAUGAAAAAGUUGCGUAACCCAAACAUUAUAUCAUACAUUGGCUCAGUCACAUACAUUCCACAAAUCUCAAUUAUCAUGCAAUAUGCCAUCUUUGAUUCUCUUGCGAACUAUUGCAGACCAGCUCCAGAGGGUGUUGUACUCCAAUUUAAACUCAAAAUGCAGAUCCUUAAAGACGUUUCAAAAGGAAUGUCCUUUUUACACGAAAACUCAAUUAUGCAUUUGGACUUGAAACCAGACAACAUUUUGCUUGCGUCUUUAUCCAUCAACUCCGAUUGUAUUGCUAAAAUUACCGACUUCGGAACGUCACGAAUUAAAAGAAACAAAGACAAGGGGUUGGGAACGCCAUUAUACCUUGCACCAGAAACAUACUCCGACGUGUACAACUAUGGCAGCGAUGUCUAUUCUUUUGCAAUAACAGCAUGGGAACUGUUUUAUGAGGAAGAACCUUUCAAAGAAUUCCAAGACUUGUUUUCUGUGAAGUCUCACGUGCUGGAGGGAAAUCGAUUGCCUCUAAAAGACCCGAUACCAGAAAAGUUGAAGACUGUCAUAACAAAGUGUUGGGCACAGAAUUACGAGGACAGACCAAACUUCGGUGUUGUAUCGACAUGGAUGGUUGAAAUGGUGAAUUCGCUCCCGGACUUCUCCACCGAUCUCGAUGAUAAUGUCAACACAGACAUCAUCAACGCUCUCAUUGAAAAGAAGAAAGUGUUGAUGGAGCAGGUUCUUUUCGACUAA